AUGGAUAGCAAUUAAGCCGCAGACCAAGAAAAAUAAGUUGAAGCAUAGAAUGAAGAAUAAAAAUAAGAAUAAGAAAACAAUGAAUAAAAGGAAAAUGAAUCUGAAUAAGCUUAAACAGAUCCAUAAAUCAGCUCAGGAAGUAAUUAAAAAUUUGAUAUUGAAAUCACAGAUGAAGACAAUGACCCAGAGAUUGAAAACAAUCAAACUAUAGAAUAGAUGAAAUUUAAAGCUUAUGACCUAAAAGCUGAAUUAAAAAAGGUAGGAAAUUUAGCAGAAGAACUUAAAGUUAAAUUCGCAAAUUUGGAAACGGAUUAUGAUUAAUGUAAAGAUGAAAAAGAAGAAUUAGAAAAAAAGUAUAAAUAAAGUAUUGAAAAGUAUGGUGAAAUGAUGAAAAAUUAUGAACAUUAGAUUAUUAGCUUAGAAAACGAAAAUAAUAUAAGAAUUCAAUAAUUAUAGCAGUAAAUAGAUGAAUUAAAAAAAUAGAAUGAAGAAAAAGAAUAGAGCUACUUAAAUAUGCAAUAACAGAUAAAAUAAGAUAAGUAAAGCUUUGAUGACAUAUAAAACAAAUAUGAAGAAAUUAAUAAACAUAAUUAAGAAUAAUUCAAAUAAAAUAGUGACCAAUGGGUAAAACUAGUCAAUCUAACUGAAGAAGUUAUUUUCAAUUUUUACAAUUCUAAUUUCUUUACUGAAAAUAAAGACGACAUAUCAAGUUAAACUCAUAUAAUAUUGUAGCAUCAAUAAACUUUCCAACAAUUAAUUGAAAAAUAUGUGACCUUCUUAGCUGAAUAAAAAGAAAAAAAUGAAGCUAUUUCAGAUGAAGCUUUUAACAAAAUAAAAUCUGAAAACGGAAAUGGUGUCUAAAAGACUAACCAAAGAGUAUAAGAUUUAUAACAAAAGUUCGAAGCGUACUAGCAAUAAUUCAAUAAAUUAAAUUCAGAAUCAUAGGAAAAUGAAACUAAACUCCAAGAAACAAAAAAGCAAUUAGAAGAUUUGUAAAAUGAAUUGGGAAACAAAAAUAAUUAAAUAUAAGAAUUAAAUGAAUAGCAUUAAAAAUCUUAAACAGAAAUCUAAAAAUUGAAUGAACAAAUAACUUCAAAUCAAUAAAGAAUAGAAGAGCUUUAGAAAAACGAAAAUAUCUUAGUUGAGAAAGAUAAAAAUAUAAAUGAGAUCAAAGAAUAAUUAUCAGCUUUAAAUCAGCAAAUUGAAGGAUUCAAGGAUAUUUAAAAUAAGUUGGAUACUAAAACUGAAGAAUUUGAAAAGCUUGAGAAAGAUUUUAAUUAAUAAAAAAGUGAAUUAGAAGAAAAAAUAAAAUCAAAAGAUGAAGAAAUAGAGAAUCUCAGCAAAAAAAUUCAAGAUAUAGUAGAAUAAUAACAAGAAAAACAAAAAUAAUUAGAUGAUUUGAAUUCUAAUUUAUAAAAUUCUAAUAAAGAAAAUGAAUAACUGAAAUAAGAAAUUAAUGAUUUUAAAAAUAAAAUUAACAAUAGUAACUAGGAUUAAGAGUAAUAAUCAAACUAAUUAAAAGCAGAAUUAAAACAAACUUAAGAAUAGCUAAAUGAUUCUUAAUAAAAAUUUGAAUAAGCAGAUAAAGAAUUAAAAGAUCUCAAAUAGCAAAUUGAAGAUGAAAAAGUUAAAUUGAAUGAUAAGAGUUAGGAAUCAGAGAACUUGAAAGACUAACUCAAAUCAGCAAAUGAAAAACUAAAUGAAUCUCAAUAAAAGUUAGAGCAAAUUUAAAAAAAUUUUGAUGAUUUGAAGCAAAAUAACGAUUUACAGAAGAUAGUUGAUGAAAAACAAUAAAAAUGUGAAGAAUUAGAAAGAGAAUUGAAAGAGUUAAAAACUUAACAAGAAUAAGUUACAGCUUAAGUCCAAUAAUUAAAUGUAGAGAAAGAAGAAAUUUAAACUAAAUUUAACUAGGUCGAACAGGAAAAAGAAUAACUUAAAAAGUAAGAGCAAGAAAAAAUUGACUUAUUAAGUUAGGCUAAAUAAGAAAAAGAAAAUAAUGAACAAGAAAUCAAUAAUUUAAAGUAGACUAUUGCAAAUUUAGAAAAAGAAAGAACAGAUAUUUAAAUACAAUCUUAAGAAAAAGAUAAAUAAUUGGAUGACGCUAAACAUACCUUAGAAAAUUUAAACAAAGAAAUCGAACAAUUAAAGAAUUAAAAUUAGGCAAUAGGUGAUGUUAAUGAGAAAAAUAAGUAAUUAGAAAGCGAAAUCACCUAAAUUAAAAGCGAAAUUGAAUAAAAAAAUACUGAAAUUUAAAGUUUAAAUAGUAAAAAUGAAACUGAGAUAUCAGAAAAAAAAUAAUAACUUGAAGAUCAUACUAAAUAAGUGAAUUAGUUAAAUGAAUAAAUUCAUCAAUUGAGCACUGAGAAUGAAAACCUUAAAAACGAAAUUCAAACUAACUAAAAUAUAUCUUAAACUAAAUUAACAGAUUUAAAUUCUGAAAUUGAAGGCUUUUAAAAAGAAAUAGAAGAGACAAAACUAUAGCUAGAUGAUAAAAAUACAUAGUUAAAAGGUUUACAGGUAAAGCUAGAAGCACUUGAAAAGCAACUUUUAGAAAAAAAUGAAGAAAUACAAAAAGUAAAUUAAUAAUUAAAAGAAAGUGAAUAAAAGCACGAAGCCAUCUAAAAAUAGAAUGAAGAAUUGUAAAAUUCUUUGAAAACACUAGAGGAAAAAGAUUAUAAUUAGAUUCAAAACGAUCUAAAUUAGUAAGUUUCAGAUUUAAAAUAAAAAGAGUAGGAUUUAAAUAAAUAAUUAGAUUAAAAGUUGCAAGAAAUCAAUUAGAUUAAAUAAUAAUUAUCAAAUGAAACAUCAGAUUUCAUGAAAAAGAAUGUAUAACUUUAAUAGACAAUUUAGUAGCUAAAUCAAACAAUUUCAUAAUAUCAAGAACAAAUAGAGAGAAUAAAAACCGAUUUAUAUUAAAGCUAAUAAGAAAAAAGCUAACUUUAAAGUAAAUUAAAUGAGGCAAACAGAGAAAUUUAAAAUAAAGAAGAUGAUUUAAAUAAAAAAGUAGAAAUAAUAGCUGAGCUUGAACAAAAUAACAAAGAUUUAAAAAUAAAUCUUCACAACUAUGAAGUAAAGAGUUAUGAUUUAGAUAAAGAGAGAUUUGAUGUGUUAGAAAUAUAGAUAUAACAUAAUAAAGAAUAGUAAGUUUAGUAUAAACAAGCAGAAGAAAAAAUUUAAAAACUAGAAGAAGAAAUAAAAAAGUUACUUGCUGACAAAACAGAUUCAUUGGAAAAACUCUAGAAGGAAAUUAAAACUGAAUAAGUGAUUGGAGAAGAGAUGUCUAAGAAAUUCAGAUCAAAUUUAGCAGAGUUAUAAAUCAAUAACGAAUAAAAUAGCUUGGAAAAUUCUCAAAAAACUAUAAAUCAAUUAGCAGAAGUAGUAUUGAGAAAAGUAAAAGACUGUUUCUAUUCCAGCACUAAAAUUGUUUAAAUUUCUCGUCUCUUUUAUGAUGGAUCUGAUGGACGUAAUGCUUCACAAGAUAAUGCCCUUUCUUUAAUCCAAGAACUUAAUGAAGCCUAACACGCAUCUAUCACAAUUCACAAGCUUUUAGGUUUCGAGUAUAAGAAAUUCAAGAAUAUUUUACCAAUUUAAUAUUUAAGAAACGACUUUAAGGUUAUAAAUCAAACAGAAAAUACAACUUAGCCACUUUACGUUAAUGAAAAUGAUCAAGUUGCUUAAUAUGCAAUAGUAAAUUAUGAAAUCUAAAAUAACAAAUUUUAUGUUGGAUUGAUUUAAUUUGAUGUUGUUAGCACUUACUUUAGAGUUGGUUUUGUCCCUGUUAAUCCUUAAACCAAAUAAGAGUAGUGGGGUGAAGCUAUUUAUGCUAACUUCUGUCUAAAUCAUGAAGCUGCUAACUCAAAAAAUUAUAGAAAUCUUGUGAGAAUCAAUCAUUUCAAUCCUAUCUUUAGCAUUAAAAAGGGCUAUAUCUAUAUUCGUUUUAAUAUCUAGAAGAACAUUUUCUAAUUCUGUGACACAAAUUAUCAAUUGAGCGAAUUAUCCAAAUGCUAAUUUAAAAGUGAUUUACAUUACAAACUCUUCAUCGGCAUGAAAGAAACUAAGGGACAUUUCUAAAUAGUUGAUUUGAAGGAAUAAAGUAGAGAUGAAGAUAUUAAUAUUAUGACUCAAAUAUUCUCUAAUGAACAGCCAUAAUUCGAAGAUUUGAUUAGACUUUUUAUUUGA